GGCUCUCUCAGAUCGCUCUCGCUUGACUACCAUUGCUGCAAGCAUUGUUGAAGUGAAAGGAAAGUGGACAGCUUGAUCCUGUCUGUGGGAUGCACCGGCAGAGGCAGUGGGAGAGACAUUUGGUUUUGGUGUAAUAUACAACAAAGCAGGAAAGCUGGCCAGGAGAUCAAACAUCAGUGAUUUUGCCAUAAAAAACAAAAAUCCUCCACUCCUGCUGUACCAAGGAGGAGAAGAAGAAGGUGGCCAAUUGCUGCCGCAUUAACAGAAGCAGUGAUCAGCUUUUGUGGCGUGGGUGGGCAGGUGAGCUUUGAGCUGUGGUGACAACUUUGGUUCUCUGCGCUAAAGUGUGGGAGGGAAGAGGAAGAGGAAAGGGAAGACGAAUAGGAGGGGUACGUGGAGGAGGAGGAGGAGGAAGAGGAGGAGGAGGAGAGGAGGAGUAGUGGGCCUGGAGCCCAAACACAAGCAGGAUGGCGGAGAAGCAAGUUAGCAGCCUCCCUGCUAAGCUGAUUAAUGGGGGCGUGGCAGGCCUGGUUGGUGUGACAUGUGUGUUUCCUAUUGACCUGGCCAAGACCCGCCUGCAGAACCAGCAGGGCGUCCAAGUCUACGAAGGAAUGCUGGACUGCUUGUCAAAGACGGUGCGCUCGGAGGGCUAUUUUGGAUGCUACAGAGGUGCUGCGGUGAACCUCACCUUGGUCACACCAGAGAAAGCCAUCAAGCUGGCUGCCAAUGACGUCUUCAGGCAGAAGCUUUCUAGAGAUGGGCAUCUGCCCCUGUGGGGGGAGGUACUGGCAGGCUGUGGGGCUGGGACCUGUCAGGUGGUCGUCACCACUCCCAUGGAGAUGCUUAAGAUCCAGCUGCAGGAUGCAGGAAGGCUUGCUGCCCAGAGACCUGUCCCAACUCCAGCUCAGGCUGCUGCCCCUGGUGCAGCACCAACAUUGGUCGCCCCCCCGCCAGCGCGGCCGAGCCCUCCACCUCGGGCCUCGGCCAUGGGCAUCACUGCGGAGCUGCUAAAGACUAAAGGACUGGCAGGACUCUACAGGGGGGCAGGAGCCACCUUAAUGAGAGAUGUCCCUUUCUCAAUGAUCUACUUCCCGCUGUUUGCCAACCUAAACGCGCUGGGCCGUGAAAAACUGGGUGAUGUGCAGGCCCGGGCGCCAUUCUGGCAGUCGUUUAUGGCAGGCUGCGGCGCAGGCUCUGUGGCAGCUGUGGCUGUUACACCACUGGAUGUCAUCAAGACUCGUCUGCAGACCUUGCAAAAAGGGGCGGGCGAGGACACGUACAAAGGAAUUGUUGACUGCACGCAGCGCAUCAUGAUGCGGGAGGGCCCAUCAGCAUUCCUGAAGGGUGCAACAUGUCGUGCUUUGGUCAUCGCUCCCCUGUUUGGCAUUGCGCAGGGUGUCUACUUUCUCGGGGUAGGGGAGACGCUGCUAGAUUUGCUGGGAUAGCAUUGCUUGGCAUUGGAUGUGGAGGUUUUUGUUGUCUCUGCGACAAAUGAAUGACACAACUGAGUGAAAGGUGAAUACAGAAAGAGGGAAAAUACGGCCACCAUCUGCUAACCAAAGGACGAGGAAUGGUCUACAAUAUGAAGAGGCUCUUUUUACUAAUAUGUGGACCCAAGGGUUCACUCUAAUCAUGUUUCUCUAGGAUCAUACAUGCUGUCAAAGGGGUUCCGUGGUUAAACAGGGACCUGUGUAUGUGUGUGACUAAUCUGAGGGUAUGUGUCCCAAAGUAUUGGGGUUUAUCCCCGUGUUCUUGCCGCAAUAUGUCUGGAGCUGUUCCUUUCACCUGAGAGAGAUUAUUCUGUCGGGAUAAGAGGCUGCUGCAUGUUGUUCGAGGCUGCUAACUUAAUUGCCUACUAAUCUGAUCGUUUAUAAAGGUCAGGACGGAGAAUGCAUUCUAUGCAAGUGACAAUUCUCAUUUCAAUCUUUAUCAAGUCAUGACGGUUUGUUGUCAGUGGCUAAUUUGACGUUAAAUGCCAAUCAUGUGUUUUCUCUGGAAAUGGAGCUUAAUCUCCUUCAGCCUAGCUUGUUACGCGUCCCUCACACUCCAUUUUGUAUUCCCUCAGUGGAUUGGGAGGUGCUGGCUGCCAGAAACACUAAGGUCAUUUGUUAAUCUGAUGGUAAUGCUUUAAUCCCGUGCAUUAGCGUACAAUAUACCCCUAACUCACCUGCCUAAAGGUCACAGGUUAGACUGCCACUGUCUCGUAUAGCCUUCUUCUUCUCUACACAGUGUGGAAGUAGGGUUGCAACGGUCUCAUGGUUUACAGUUGUAUGAAAAGUGACGGUUAUUAUGCAAGGUGCAUUUGCUUAUCUACAGUGUCAAGGAAACAAACUGACGAUAGGGUGAGCAAAAUGUAAAGACAGGGGCAGCCUGACUGUGCUUUCGCUCACCUACAAUGCUAAAUUGUUUAUUAUAAUAACAAUAGGACAUAUAUUUUAUAAGCAAACAGAUGAUGCUAUCUUUUAUUUGGUAGUUGCUUUAACAUGCUAUAGUGCAGCUAACAUGCUUUAGAAAACAUAGUAAUAUGCUAUUUUUGUUAAAAAGUUCGUAAUUCCGUUUAUCGUUAUAAAUCUGUACUGUAACUGAUGAUUACAAUAAUAAUAAUAUGAUUGUGUUACACUAUGAUUUUUUUUUUCAUUUCUAUACCGUUGCAACCCUACUAGAAAGGAUUUAAAUAAAACAUGCAAGAAACCUGGAGCUCAUUUUGCUACACGUUAAAAUACAUUGCUUCAAAUAACGUGUACACAAACACUAAAAUAAAAUGCAAUUAAAGCCUUAUCACUGCUGUACGUUUCUAAAGCAUCAGAACUGUAAGUCUUAAAUGGAUUCGGUGGAAUUGGUGGUGCUGAAACAUUGAUUUGGUCCAAUUUAGCGAGGACAAUUCUUUCUGUUAGACCCACUGAGGGAGUAUGGCACGUUGUGUUGCCACUGGGUGGCACUAAAAGCUUUUUCCUUUUUUUUUUUUUUACAUUUUUAAUGCAAGGCACAAUUUGAUAUCGCUAGUGUACCUAGGCUACUACAUCUUCCUCAUUGUAGAGUGAACUUUGCCUGAGUCAAAUGUUUGUUUACAAGCUGUAAAUAAAGAUAUCUCAUACAUGCGGA